AUGGGUUGUCAGCAAAGCGGCGAUGACCUCAUCUCGCUGGCAGUCACAAUUCGCACCGAGCUUGAGCGAAAGCUAUCGAACAAGGCGCGUGUCCAUCUACCAUUUGAUGAGGACAAAACAGAGUUCGAAAAAGCCAAUCUGCGCUUUACUCAGUAUGAGCGUCCAACGUACCUCGCUAUUGUCGAUCCAGUCUGUGAAAACGAUGUGAUCGAGGUCGUCAAGUACGCGAGGGAAAAAGGUAUUCCGUUUACACCUCGUGGCGGCCAUCAUUCAGUCACGACCACAAUGGGACGCUUCCAGAAUGGCAUGUGUAUCAACAUGCGUCCGCUCAACCAGAUGCGAUGGGAUGCCGGGAAACGCCAUGUCACUAUUGGUGGUGGAGCGAUAACUGAUGAGUUCGUGCGCUUUGUGCAUGACUUGGGUAUGGAAGUUACAUUUGGGGCGGGCCUAGGACGUUUGCAAGGAAAAUACGGCUUCCUGAAUGAUAAUAUGAUCUCUUGCAAGCUCGUGCUCGCCGACGGGAGUAUGGUGGUUGCAUCCAAGAACUCCCAUCCGGAUCUUUUCUGGGGCCUCCGGGGAGCAGGUCAUAACUUUGGCAUCGCACUUGAAGCCACCUUCCAGGUAUAUCCGCAAGCAAAUGGGGGUAUACACCAUACUUGGGAUUUGGAGUACACUCUAGAUCAGUGCGACGAGGUCUUCAGGACGCUGAAUAGCGUCUAUGAGAGUAUGCCUGCCGAACUGGCAAUCUUCGUCCUAUGGCUGCGCCAAAGUAGUGGUCGCAAGCACAUCAUUCUCGUCAACUUAGUCUGGUCCGGUGCAGCUGCAGACGCAGAUCCCUAUGUGCAGCGUUUCGAGUCUCUAGAGCCAGUCUUGAGUAGUGGGCGAAAAUCGAUACCAUGGCCAGAACUACCUUACGCAACGUACAAAGAGAUGAACAAGCUCUUCUGCAAGCCCGAAAUCUGGCUCCGUGGUCCCUACAAGAUGAUGGGGGCCGCUUGCGUCGAAACGUUCGACCUGAAGACGACACGUGAGUUCUUCGAGAGCGUCAAAUCCAUGAGUGAGAAGUGGGAAGAUCGUGGCUGGUUCAGCGCCAUGUUUGAGUGUCUACCCGAUCAGCGUGUUCGCGAGAUUUCUGAUGAUGCGACGGCGUUUCCGUGGCGUGGAGGGUCAAACCAUUUCCUAAUGCUGAAUGCUACACCAAAGCGAAUGGAGGAUCGAAAGGUCUUUGAGGAUCACCUCAAUUACUGGAAGAGACGCUUCAUUGACACGUCUGGGUAUGGUCGUUUGCAGCAAUACGUGAGCUAUGGCAACGGUACGUCGACUAUGAAGGAUCCGCCAGAGGCGCUAUAUGGCUACGAGCCGUGGAGGCUGGAGAAACUGCGGAAUCUCAAGCAGAAGUACGAUCCCGAUAAUGUGUUUCGAUGGUACCAGCCACUUCUUGAGUCAUGA